GUUUGAUUUCAUAUAUUGCAGGACCACAGCUUUCUGUUCAUGGUGUCCCGAUAUGGGCCUCUGACGAGAGGCCUUAGUGGUCCCACGGCCGUGAUGAAUUCUCAACGGUCGUCGAGGAGAUUGUCAUGCAAUCCUCGAUGUUGUGUACGAUGACAGAGAAGGAAAUGAUCGGCGGAUGUUGCGUGUGUUCUGAUGACCAAGGUUACAAGGACAAUCCUUUAGUUUACUGUGACGGAGACGGUUGUAGUGUUGCAGUUCAUCAAGCUUGUUACGGAAUCGUGAGCGUCCCCAAGGGUGACUGGUAUUGCAGCAAGUGUCAGUCUACUGAGCGAACCGUUAGAGUGCGCUGCGAAUUGUGUCCAUCGAAGGAAGGAGCAUUUAAAAAAGCCGACAAUGGUGGUUGGGCGCACGUCGUUUGUGCCUUAUACAUUCCGGAAGUCACAUUCCAAGAUGUCACAACGAUGGAGCUCAUUCUAUUGAAGAACGUGCCUGGGGAUCGCUUUAAAAGGACGUGCUUUGUUUGUUUGGAGGCUAAUCAGCCAGCGAAUGCUGCGUCUGGGGCGUGCAUGACCUGCAAGAAAAGUGGAUGCAAGCUUGCGUUUCACGUGACGUGUGGUCAGUCGCAAGGGUUAUUGUGUGAAGAAGCUGGGUUAGAUGAGAAUAACGUCACAUAUUGUGGCUAUUGUCCAUCUCACUAUAAACGAAUGGUGAAGCAUAGGAAGGAAGCGAACAUGAAGCCUGUUCCUGCUUAUAAACCAUUGCUCAAGGGGCCCCUGAACGGAGGGGCAAAUGCAAAUCCAGCGGAAGCUCUUCGCUGUGGAAGUGCUGACGGUUCGGUCCUACCGGGAAAUGUUAGUGACUCGAGUUCUACGAGCGGAGAAAAUCUUAAAACCUUGAAGCAGAAAUCGUCGAGUGAUGUGAAAGGGAAGAAUUGUGACGAAAAGAGAAUGGGGAGGAGGCAACGAUCCGCUUCUGGUCGUUCCUCCGCUUCACCCGUCGCAGCUGUUCCGAACUGCUCGACUCAAAGUAAUGGGAAUUCCGCAUCGCUUGGGGUCCGUCCAGCUGCUACAAAUCCCCGCGAAGCAUGUAGUGAGAAAGCUAUGAGUGGUCCAAGUGACAAUUGUUCAAACUUUCCGGCGGGCGUGGAAGUGAAAAAAGAACGCUGUGCGAGUGAAGCGUCGGAUGAACCCGCGCGUUGUGUCUCUGGAAUUGUUGGCGUUAAUGGGAAAGAAAGAUCUGACCAUUCGCUCAGUACUAGUGCGUCUUCGAACCCUGUGUCGGCUGCCUCGUCUGGUACCCAUGAGCAUGUACUUGAUAAGGCGGAAGAAAACGGGUUAUCUGAUUCUCGUGAUGCUGACGAUUCCAUGUCCUGUCCAGUGCCUUCACCCCCUGCGCCGAAUUAUAAUGACCUCUCAUCGCUUGUUGUACCGAAAAGUGGCAAAGGUCAUAAGCGUUUGGGUGGAGACUCGGGAGGCAAGCGUCUGAAACGACUAAAGAAAACUGGCAGAAGAUCAUAUAGUCGAAGUUCUUCUGUCAAGUCGUCCGAUUCUCGACGAAAUCGUGAUGAACCCAUGGAAUUUCAAGAUGAUGAGGAGGAGGAGGACUCCGGAGAAGAGCCGCUCUCUGGAUCUUACACGUCGAAAAGUGGCUUGAUCCGUGGAUUGAAUGGAGUUACCGCGUCUCAUAUGCUGGGCAACGAGAUCAACACAGGUGUUCAACACGUGCGAAAGAUGGAGUCAGAUGAAGAUGAUAGCCAAUCUGCGUGUGACUUCUCAAACGUUCAGUUGAAUGUGACGAAAAUUUCGUUGCACAAUCCAAGUUUCGACUGUACAACGAAUGCGUGUCCUCCGAAAGAGGCGCGACCAGCUUCAAGCAAUCCGUCGACUGCAGGGCCUGUGGGGAAAAGUUGGGAGCCUCUGAAGAAAAGUAGUUCAUAUUCAGCGGUUGAAGGCCAUCGGUUGACUCACGAGGUGUCCAUUAAUCCUCGACACCAAGUUAAGAGCAGCGAUUCCGAUAAUGCCAAAUUCGCACCGAUCGCGACGAAGCCGCUUCAUCCCAUCCUCGACGUUUCUCAUCCCAACCGGCCGUCUACAUCCGUUUCUACGGAAGAGGCUACGCGUCACCUCCCUGAUACCAUCGACGAUUUGUUCAGAUCUGGGAAAGAAGCCCUGAUGCAUCUCGCGAGACAAGGUUCAACAGUGGACGUCGUGAAAGUUGUUGAUGAGUGUAUAAAAUUGAAAAGCGAAUACGACUCGAUUCUUCACGAGAUAGCGGAUUUGACGGAAAGGAAGGAUCAACUGGAAUAUGUAAUCGAGCGACUGAACCCGGAAAUCACGCAAGAUUUGAUUUCCUCUGCUUUCGCUCCUCAACCGAAUUUCAUGAAUUCGGUUCCGACAACAUCUCACCACGCACCUGCUCCUCCACGAAUGCAACCGUCAAUGUUGUCGAGUACCGCAUCUCAGCAGAUGCUCCUGUCCCGCACGUCUGGAUUCAACCCAGACACACCCGCCCCGCCUAUACCUCCGAAACUGUCAUCUGGCAAAGAAUUGAAUUCCGGAUCGUAUGGAGAAAUUUCCCCUGGUGGGUUGAGCGCAUAUCCCCAAAGCGCAAGGAAGCCGAUGAGUUACUCGUCAUCUGGCAUGCCGCCUUCAGGUCCUGGUCAGGGAAAUCGAUUAGGCGGCGGUAGCGGAAUACCCCCGCCGCACGGCUACCCCGUUGCCUCCCCGUCUAUGAUCAUUGACGACACUUCCGUAAUCGACUAUCGCUCUGGUAGUACCGGUGGAUUGAGCAAGCUGCCCGUGAGGGACUACCCCGACACUGUGCGACGAGUCGGAUACUCGAGUAGCGAUUAUCGCUCUAGCCCAUCGGCUCUGUUGCCCCCCAACCCAUCGGCUCCAGUGAAACGUUCCACUAUGCCUUACCGCGGCCCGGCCCCGCCGCCUCACCACGGCAUGGUUCAAGACUUCGGCCCAAAAUCAGGGCGAGAUUUCACGGGUGUUGGCGGAGGUGGUGGUGUUGGACCUCCACCUGCGCACGUGAGUCCGGUUUCGCCUGCACCCGAACGACGUGACACGCACCGCGAUCCUGGUUUGAUGAAUCAACGCGGAGGCCCCUUACCUUCGAUGACUGUUCCGUCGUCUUCGUCGUCGUCUGGUGGCCCGCAACAGAGUGGGUACUAUCACCAGAUGCCGACCCACCCGCAGCAGCAGCCUCAUCACCCGUCGAUGUACCAGAUGGUGUCCCCGACGCAGGGCUCGCAUUCGCAUUAUCAGCAGCAUUCUGGGGGCACGGGUUCAGCACCUUCUCCCGCUCCGGUGCCUCAGAUCCAUGGGCCUUCUGUUUCUGUUGCGUAUUCUCAGGCGAGUUCAACGCCUACCAUCCUGGAACGAGACCAAUGCCAUACCCGAAAGAUAAAAGGUGAUAUUUGCUGGAAGUGGGUUCCGUCACGUGAUCGUCGUCUCCCGUCUAUAGCACUCUUCGGGGAAGAAAAUGGAAUUCUAUUGGCUCACUUCUCGUGUCCGAGGAUCAAACUCGGCGACUGA